AAUUAAAAAAACACAAAACAACAAGAUGCCAGAAAGGAUUCUUAUGGAUGAUCGAUGAAAGAGUGUGCUUAGGGGACAUAAAUAUCUGAACAAUGGCUGGGACUACAACUUUAUGCAGUGAUACCUCAGAAGCUAUAGAGCUAUUCAAAGCCCAAGGACUGUACUUAAAGCCCAUUUCGAAACUGACAGUAUGUGUACAACUGCCAAAACUGAAGGAGAUGGGGAAAUCUAUAUCAAAUUGGGAAGUGAUGGAAAAAAUCAAACACAUGGCCAAACCUCAUACUUUCAUAUCACUGAAAAUUAUCAAAAGCACCAUGGAAUUCAUGAGAAUGGAAGGAGAGGCAGAUACAAAGUUGCAAAUCAAAGCCAUAGUGCAGUGCCUUGACUCCAAGACAAUUAAACUCAGUGGCUUCCCAGAGGUGCUAAAGGUAAAGGCUGCUGAAGCCAAAAUUAGCCACCCAUCUCAGCAUGACUGGGAUUCAUUUUUCAGGGAUGCAAAACACAUGAAUGAAAUGAAACCAGGAGAAAGACCAGAUACGGUGCAUUUGAGAGACUUGCCCACAAAGUGGUUCACAAACAGACAGAAAGAUAAACCUAGUGAACAAAUUGUGAAGAGAGUUUUUGAAAAUUUUGGUGAGGUGCGCUGCAUGGACAUUCCCAUGUUGGACCCAUAUAGGAAAGAGAUGACCACUGUGAAGUCCAGUGGUCUGCAGACUUUCAGUUUUAACACAGGCAUUACUUUUGAUGUUUAUGUUCAGUAUAAAGACUACAUCAGCUUUAUGAAAGCCAUGGAUUCAUUGCGAGGAAUGAAGUUGUUAUAUAUAAUGGACGAUGAAGAAAAGAAAGCAUAUACAGCUAACAUUAAGGUGGACUUUGACAAAACAAAGCAUUUGUCGGACAAAUCUAUAAAGAAACGACGGAUAGAACGUGAGAAGUUAGAGCAAUUGGAAAGAGAGAGAGAAGAAAAAGUGCGUAGGGAAAGAGAAGAAGAAGAAAGAAGAAUAGAGGAAGAAAAGAGGAAGAAAGAAGAGGAGGAAAGAGAAAAGAAGAGGAAAUAUUUAGAGAAAAUAGAGAAGAGGGAGAACAGAAGAAAAGAGAGAGAGGAAAAGAGGAGGCUGAAAGCCCAGGAGAGGAAAAGGCUGGAGGAAGAAAGGAAAUAUCAGAUCAAAAUUCAAACGGAGGAAAGACGCUUCCUCCUUGCUCAGAGGAAACUGGAGUCUAUUCGCCUACUAGGAGAACUUUUUACUAGAAUAAAGAAUAUUAAGGUUUCCAAUGACUUAGCUCAGAGGGAGAUUGAACUUGAGGAGGAGCGAUGUAAACAGUUGGAGGAAGAAACAAGGCUCAAGGAGGAAAUGAAGCGAAGGAAAUUGGAAAGCAAGAAGAGAAGGAAAGAGGAACUUCUUCAUCAUGAAACAGAACUCAGGGAAAAGAUUCUCAAAAACUGGAAGGAGAAGGAGGAAAAGAAAGAAGAUGAAAUGAGAGAAAGACUUAGAAAAAGGUUUCAAGGAAAGAAAGUAAGGAGUGCAGCAGUGAAGCCAACAGUGUCUGCAAGUUCAGAGGUCAGGUCCGCCCCCUCACCUCCUGAUUGGCGGCAGCGUGGGGAGGAGUGGAUCCGAGAGGAGUAUGAAAACAAAGUUCUUCUAAGAGACAAAAAACUGAAAAAACAUUUGGGUCACAAGUUUCCUAAAGGCACACCUUAUAAGCCACACAUGGAAUGGAAGAAAAGGCUAAAAAGAAAGGAAACAGAAAUGAGAAAAUGGAAAGAAUGGAUGGAAUGGAAGAAGCAGUUCUUGUAUUGGAAACACAAAUUCUCUGUACCUGUUCCUUAUUUGGAUUGACCAGCUUCAGAAAGAUGGACCAAGCUAUUUUCACCACAUUCACUGAUGUUUUGAUUCAGAUUCUUUACUGUUGUGCAAAACAUGCAAGUUUCGGUGUUCUUCUGUUUUUCUUUGGAGACAUUCUACCCAGACAUAUUAUUAAACCUUUAAAGUUAAUUGAAGAAAAAGUU